AUGGCGUUCGUCCUUCGUCGGCCGAUGUCCAUCACCACAUGCAUCAAGCAGCUUCCCAAAUCAUCCCAAAGCACAAGCCGUGCAUUCCAUAGCUCGCCGAAACCCUCUACCUUCACCACCAAGUCAUUCACGCCCAUCACUGCCCUCACCAAGUCUCGAAAUGCCUUUCAGCGAUCCUUCCGUCGCACCUACAUGCAGCCUGGCGGCCAGGUCGUGCGCCCCGACACCGGCAGCACGGCCCAACGGCUCCUCUACGGCGCCGCCAUCGUCGGCGGUACGCUAGUCGCCACGAAUUUCAUGUUCAACCGCGAGACCCGAGAAGAUGGCGGCAUGCCACCGUACGAACGGGCGUUCCUGAACGAAACCUUCAUGCACACCGGGUUGGGUAUCGGGAUCAUUGGCGUGGCGGCCAAUGCGCUGCAUCGCAGCGGUUGGAGUUACAGACUCAUGACUGCGAAUCCUUGGGUCGUCAUGGGCGUGGGACUGGCGGCGAGCGUUGGGACGAUGUAUGGGACUUUUGCUACGAGCCCUGAUAACUACGUCCAAAAAUAUGCCCUCUGGGGCGGCUUCAACCUGUGCCAAGCCGCCAUCCUCUCCCCUCUCAUGUUCAUGCAACCCGCCAUUCUCGCUCGUGCCGGUCUCUACACAGUUGCCAUGAUGGGCUCCAUAGCCUUUGUUGGUGCCACCGCCAAGCAAGAGAAAUACCUCUACCUUGGCGGACCCCUGCUCGCCGGUGUCGCCGUCGUCGCUGUCUCGGGCCUUGCUCCCCUCGUCCUACCUGUCACGGCGGCCAGGACGCUGAUGUUGACUGAGAAGAUUUGGCUGUAUGGUGGAUUGGCUGUGUUUGGGGGGUUUACGCUUUAUGAUACGCAGAAGAUUCUACAUCACGCGCGCUUGGCCAAUGCAGGGAUGGUGAAGAAGGACGUUGUGAAUGAGAGUAUCAGUCUGGAGCUGGACUUUCUGAACAUUUUCAUCAGGAUGGUGCAGAUUUUGGGGAUGAGGAACCAGAGGAAGUAG